AUGUCCAUGCUAAGUGGCUGUGGCUGUCUAGCGGGCAUCGUGCGGAUGCUUCGCAACUUGCGGCAGAGACUCGGGCAAGGCUGCAGGUACAGAGAUACCCUUCUUGCAAACCGUGAAGCUGGAGAGGUGCACCGACUGGAGGAGGCUGCUCGUUCCGUUUCGGAGGAGGAGCUCGCACAGAUCCUCGGCAACAGCUUUCCGGGCUCAGUGCUGCGACCUGCAGAAAACUGCGAGGACUCGGAGGAUUUAGAGCGACUACAGGAGGAAUUCCUGGAAAUAGUGCAGAGCUCUGAUUCCCAGGCUGCGUUGCGAGCCGUGGAAUCGGCUACCUCCGAGAUAGUGAAUGCUAGCGACGAGUGUGUGGGCAGUGCCCUGCAUUUUAUAGCUGCCGAGGGGCAUGUGCAGGCCUGCCGUGCUUUACUGGCAAGGAGCGAUUUCGGGCAGGUCAACUCCAGGAACGGAAUCGGCUCUACGGCCCUCCACAUUGCGGCUGCGAAUGACGAGGAGGAGAUUUGCAAGAUGAUCUUGGCCUGCCCAAGGUUUACAGUGGGAGCAGCUGCCGUGAACAACAACGGGCAGACAUCCAUGGAUUUUGCGGCAGAGUUCGGGACUGGACUAUGCUUGGAUAUCCUCGAAGCUUCUGGAUGCCGCUAUGGUACAUGCCGUCGGCGAGGGCGACAGGUCCUCAACAGGAGACCUGCAAAUGCGCUGGGUGCGCAAGCGGAGGAGGUGGCAGACAUGAAUGAGUUGGACUGA